AUUGUGUCAGUGGAGUGUCCCAAUUGUGCCCCAUCCAUUGGUUGCCCCAGUGCCAGUGGGAGGAAUAGUGCCCCAUCAUUGGUGUCAGUGGGAGGAAUAGUGCCCCAUCAUUGGUGUCAGUGUGGGAGGAAUAGUGCUCCAUCAUUGGUAUCAGUGGGAGGAAUAGUGCUCCAUCAUUGGUGUCAGUGUGGGAGGAAUAGUGCCCCAUCAUUGGUGUCAGUGUGGGAGGAAUAGUGCCCCAUCACUGGUAUCAGUGUGGAAGUAAUAGUACCCCAUCAUUGGUGUCAGUGGGAGGAAUAGUGCCCCAUCAUUGGUGUCAGUGUGGGAGGAAUAGUGCCACAUCAUUGGUGUCAGUGUGGGAAGAAUAGUGCCCCAUCACUGGUGUCAGUGUGGAAGUAAUAGUACCCCAUCAUUGGUGUCAGUGGGAGGAAUAGUGCCCCAUUAUUGAUGUCAGUGGGAGGAAUAGCGCCCAUCGUUGCUGUAGAUGGGAGAGGGAGAGAGCGAGCCCAGGCUGGAGCAGGGUCAGCAAGGUAAGUAUCAUUGGUGUCAGUGGGAGGAAUAGUGCCCCAUCAUUUGUGUCACU